AGCACACCAUGUAUAUUUAUUCACACACAAGCUCUCCAGUUGAAGACAAACACAGGUCAGGUAUUUCCCCAAGACGACCUGAGACAGACUUUAAGAAGACUUUUCAGCUCCAGCUUUGAGGAGGAUGCUUUUGUGACUUCUGCUCACACCUGCAACAAGGAAGUCGUGAGAGCUUUGUUUUGUGUGCAACAGAAAGGACCAAGUUGUUGCAGUGACUUCAGGAGACGGUGGUUGGAAUAUGACUUGUGGAUUGUGACGAGAAGCGCCACCUGUGACACCAGGCAGUGGAAAAGACGUGAAAGCAACAGCUUCGGAGGAGACAUUUACGCACAAGAAACUGACAUUUAACGCACCAUAGGCUACAACCAUUUUCUUGUGGUUUUCCUUUUUUACUUCCUUACCUUUCUGCUAACCCCUCAUGGUCGCAGACUGCUGACAGCGCAACAGCAUUUUCAACUUCCCUCAUCAGAUAACGACUCCACGUCUCAGCGAGAGUGGUUAUUUUUACGCACACAGAAGAGACGCCUGAGCUCAAGUUGAGACAAGCGCACGGUGAGCAUCAGGAGAGGCGGGGGAAGGAAAGGUUGAAAAUAGAAGAGAAUUGAGAAAAAGUCCAGCCAGCAAGAUGACAGACGGAGCCAGACAACGUAGCAGCACGUCGGGGUCUUCUAAGGAUGCUGCCGGCGGAGGGAAGGAGUCUGACGGAGGAGGAGGAGGCGUCGCGCUCAAGAAGGAAAUCGGGCUUGUGAGCGCUUGUGGUAUUAUCGUUGGUAACAUCAUCGGUUCAGGUAUCUUUGUCAGCCCAAAGGGAGUGUUGGAGAAUGCCAGCUCGGUGGGCGUGGCUUUGUUCGUCUGGAUCAUCACAGGUGUCAUCACUGCCAUCGGAGCGCUGUGCUACGCCGAGCUAGGAGUCACCAUCCCCAAGUCCGGAGGAGAUUACUCCUACGUCAAAGAUAUCUUUGGAGGCCUGGCAGGGUUUCUGCGUCUCUGGAUCGCUGUGCUCGUGAUCUACCCGACUAACCAGGCUGUGAUCGCGUUGACGUUUUCCAACUACGUCCUGCAGCCUCUGUUCCCCACCUGCUUCCCUCCAGAGAACGGCCUGCGUCUUCUUGCUGCCGUCUGCCUUUUGCUGCUGACAUGGGUGAACUGCUCCAGUGUCCGGUGGGCCACCAGGGUGCAGGACAUUUUCACCGCCGGCAAGCUCCUGGCCCUCGCUCUCAUCAUCAUCAUGGGCAUCGUGCAGAUCUGCAAAGGAGAUUACUACUGGUUGGAGCCAGCCAAUGCCUUUGAGCCCUUCCAGGAGUACGAUGUGGGGUUGAUAGCCUUAGCCUUCCUACAAGGCUCCUUUGCCUACGGAGGAUGGAACUUCCUCAACUAUGUCACAGAGGAGCUGGUGGACCCCUACGUGAACCUCCCCCGUGCUAUCUUCAUCUCCAUCCCCCUCGUCACUUUCGUGUACGUCUUCGCCAACAUCGCCUACGUCACGGCCAUGAGUCCCCAGGAGCUGCUCGCCUCUAAUGCUGUUGCUGUGACAUUUGGAGAGAAGCUGCUUGGAGUGAUGUCGUGGAUCAUGCCCAUCUCUGUGGCUCUCUCCACCUUCGGAGGAGUCAACGGUUCCCUCUUCACCUCCUCACGUCUGUUCUUUGCUGGAGCCAGAGAGGGCCACCUCCCCAGUCUGCUGGCCAUGAUUCAUGUCAAACGCUGCACUCCCAUCCCCGCUCUGCUCUUUACCUGCCUGUCCACCCUGCUCAUGCUGUGCACCAGCGACAUGUACACCCUAAUCAACUACGUGGGCUUCAUCAACUACCUCUUCUAUGGAGUCACUGUCGCCGGGCAGAUUGUGCUGCGCUUUACACAGCCCAACAUGCACCGACCAAUCAAGAUCAGCCUCAUCUGGCCGGUGAUUUACCUCAUCUUCUGGGCCUUCCUGCUCAUCUUCUCCCUGUACUCCGAGCCCGUUGUGUGCGGCAUCGGCCUGGCCAUCAUGCUGACUGGCGUCCCCGUCUAUUUCCUGGGAGUCUACUGGGACAACAAGCCACAGUGCUUCGAUGCGUUUGUUAAUAAAAUGACGUACCUGGGUCAGAAGUUCUGCGUGGUGGUUUAUCCAGCCGAGACUAAAAGCGUUGCAAGCUCGGAGGAAGGAGAGGAAAUGAAAGAGGCCAGGUCUCCUCUGUCCAAGGAGGACGAAGAAAACCAUAAAUCAGCGGACUGCUAGAACACGCGUGUGUCAUCUCUCCCCGCCCGCCCGCCCUCCAAUUUUAACAGACAUGUGCAGACGCACCUGAGGGCACGCACAAACUCAAAACACACACACACACACGAACAUAUCACAGUGGAUCUGCUGAUCAACACCCCGUGCGCCCACGCUUUGUCUUUGAUGUCUGUUUGGUUUUUAGCCUUUUAUCAAUCAACUUCUGUGCCAAAUAUUUACAAUGAGAUGUUUAGAGUAAUGUGACCUUAAGUCUUUGAGGUCAUUCAAAUGUGCAAUAAAAAAAAAACGGUAGCACCUUCAAAAUCCUCAUGCAUAUUUGAACACUCUUCAUCAACAUCAUCAUCAUCAUCAUCAUCUCUCUUUCCACACACUCCCUUCACACUCCUACUGUAAGAGCAUCGUUUGUUUGUUUGUUUUUUAAACAAAGGACUGUGAUGGCUACGCAAACACCUUUUUUUUUUGGUCCUCUUUAAAAUGUCAAACUUCUAGUCAACACCAAAGCUGUAUUUUGAUUGGUCGAGGCAGAAAAUCAGAUUCAGAUCAAGUCAUUUCAUGUCUAAAAAGUACAUUAAGUACUCUGUUUGUUUUUAAAGGUGACUGUGAUUCCGAGAUGUUCCUUUUUUUUUUUUUAUAAAAAUGUGUAAUUGUGAUAAUUGUAUCAUUUGCCUUUGUUUCAAUGUUAGCUUAAAUAUGUUAAUUAUAGUUUGGUUGAUAUUCUUUUUUUUCUAUUGAGCAUCAUUUACAUCCAGGCCUUUUUUUUUUUUUACUCUUGCAAACGUGGAGGUGUACUCCUGAGGCUGAUGUGUGAUCUGUACUUUUUAUCAGUGAAUGGUGCACAGUUCUUGUGAACUGCCUUAAUUAGGAUAUUCUCUGUAUUUGGGUUCUAUUGCAGCUCUGCUUCGACUUACAAAGAGCGACGUUUCACUCUCGUAUGUUUUUAGCUUUUUUUUAAUGAUUCUGGAAGCAACUAAAAAAAGUCUUUGUUUUUGCGAAGUUUGGGAUUCUUGUAUGGACACUACACAUGUUUAAUCCGUUUAAACUGCAAGAAUGAGGAUGACUACAGAAAGAGAAGGACGGGACAGACGCCACAUUUGCAUUGAAAAUAGUGCAAAGCCCUAUACCGACACGUGUGAAUGCUUGUGUGACAAACAGUCUGAAAACGUGUUUUCCUGCAGAAGUAUUUUUGUAGCUUGCCAUCUAGCUGUGUUUUAAUCUUUUUUCUUUAUUUAGGGUGUAGAAACGAGAGCUUACAAUUUAAAAAAAAAAAGCUAUUUUUUGAUUCAUAAAUUUCACAAGAAGAGAUUUUAGUGCAGGCACCAGAAAGGAAAAAUGUAACACCCAAUUGAACUAAUUCUGUGUUGUCUGGUUAAAAUAUUGUGUUAAUACAUAUGCUGUAUAUUAUAGUAACAACACUCCUGCACUCACACUGUGUACUCACAUCUUUCUAUAAUCUCUUAGUGUCUCAGGGCAUCCCCCACAGCCUUCUCCCUACACACUGCCGAAAACCUCUGGACCAUGAAAACUCAACUCUUCUGACUACUUUGCCUCGUUGCUAAAAGUCUGUAUGCCGCGUUUACAGAUUUCUUUCCUCAGGAGAUUCAAUCUUACAAGCUACCCCAAGAAAAUUUAUCAAGAAAGCAUCAUGAAGUUAGGCCAGUAUUCUCCUGUCAGACUUAAAAGGGGAACGGUGUGUCUUGGAUGUCUAAAAGUACAGUGAUUGUGUUUUUGUGCCUGUACGGUUAUUGUGUAUAUACACACACGUCAUGACAGUCUGUAUAUUGUCUCUUAGUUAAUAAAAACCACUGACUAAUGUUUGAACUGUAAUUCAGGGCCUCAUUUAUGUAUGUAUUAAAAAAGUGCUACUUGUCUUAAACUUUUUAAUCCAUUGUCAUUCAUCUGCAUCAUUUCAAGAAUAUUACUUCUUUUUACGGUUUCAACAGAAUACAUAAAUGAGGCCUGAAGAUGUCCCACCUCAUAUACUGAUUUUCUGCAAACUAAGAAGACAAAAACACUGAGUUUCUAGUUGGUUCACUACUGGAAUGUAAAGUUCAACAGUGCAAAAGCAUUGUUUUUAUAUUUGUCAUGCUUUGUAGCUGCUGGAGAUUCCCUUAAAAACUCGAAACCUCCACCUUUAGCUUUAAGUCAGACCAAACUGGCCUUCAGUGUGUUGGAAAUAUGAAGUAUUCUGUCAUCAUGUUUAUCUAUAACCUACUGUGAAUGAAUUCUCUUCUAAUGACACAUAAUCGUACUACAAUUCUCUGACGACGAUGUCACCUGUAAUUUCUUGUGUGUACACAUUGGUCUCUAAUCUGAGUUGCCUUUCACAGUCAGCCAAUCAAACGAAAGCCUUGACAUGUUGCUCAACCUGUCGUUCAUUUUUUUGUACAAAAAAAAAAGAGUUAAUGUACAUAUUGGUGGAUGUGUGAUGAGAAUAAAUAUUACACAGAGGAGGA